AUGUAUUUAAUAUUAGCAUCCCUCAUAAUUAACGUAUUCUCCUAGUUUACUAAAACCAUACAAGUCCCUGUAGUUGAUCCAAAUGCCACAGAGACUGUUGCCGAAAACAUCUAAACUAGAAGUACUAGAAUUUAUUCAGGUUUAUUUAUUUGUCAAACUCAAUCUUAGAUCCAAACAAGGGAGCAUGUAUGUGUGAUCUGAUAAUCAACAUAUGCGAUGCACAAUGUUGUUGUGAUACCAGAUGCACUGAUGCAUUCAUAGAAGAAUGGACAAACUUGGGAAAAUGUUUGAAUUCAAAAUCAGAAACUGAUUACUUUUAUCCAGAAUGCGGUGAUCUAGUCAACCUAGUUAAUGUUUUUGAUGACAAAUAUCAUUACAAUUAAAUUAAUGACAUCAUGUGCAGUGCAGUCUAAAGAUUACCUUAUGCAGGUGUAUAUGCCAAUAUUGAGGACACUCAAACUUUGACAGCAGAUUACAAAAGUUUCGAUAUUGUAAGUGCUGGGAGCAUACUGUUCACCCUAGCUACUAAUCCUUAAUACAUAAAUCCUGCAGCUUAAUUACCCUAAGGCUAUUAUUCUGGUAACCCUGGAUACAUCAAAGGGAAACCCCUCAUGGUUGGCAAAUCCAAUGGAGCUAACUCCAAUCUCAUUUGGUACAAAGAAUUACGGGUUUAUGCCUGGUCAGAAACUGGUUAUUGCAGCACAGCAAGCUCUUAUAAUUCUAAGUGGUAUAAAGUUAUCAAUUUUGGAGAAGAUGUACGAUAUGAUAUUUAAUUAAAUAUAGCUCGUUGUAAGUUGUUCACUUGAAUCAAGCGUAAAUUUAGGAACUUACUGUUCUAGUGGAGUGACUUACGAAAUUAUGAAGAGUCUUAAAGACAGCACUGGGAGCUAUUAUUAUUUUGGAAAAUGGGGUUCUUCGAAUAACAACAGAUCUGGGGAAUGGGUGUAGAUUAAUUCGACUGAGAUCGAAAAUGUCACAUCAUCUUGUGCCUUACCUUUGGAAUAAUAAUUGACUAUUAUUUACUAGAAGGUUGGAUUUAUGGGAGAUCUCCAAAACACUAUCAUCUCAGCCAAUGUGACCAAUAUACCAAUUAAGUAUUAUUUAAUCUUGAUCGUUGAUAGUUCUGCAAGUUACACAAGCAACUCAGUGCAAUUGAGUCUGAGGGUUAAAUUUAUUGAACUCAUUGACACUGAUAUAGAUCCAACUAUUGAGAAAUCUUUGAGAGACACAGUCACUCCAUAUGUCAAGGUAAGAUUAGGGUUAAAUAUUGUAGAAAAUCUUUUUGCCUUUCACUUUUUCAAUACAGUUAGUUGGAUUUGGAGUGAUUUUAAUUUUCUUAUUUAUAUGAUUUAUACAGAAUACAG